AUGUCAGCCUCCAUGACAUACACACUAGUCGUAGUUACGGUAGUUGUACUCUUUCAAACAGUUUGUAUGGUAACCGUAUAUGGAUUUGGAUCUAUCUCUCAUGGAAUUAUAAGCUACAGGGCAUCUGUUUAUUUCGAUGGAGAGAACAAUUCCAAGACAGGAGGAGAGAUUGUACGGGAGAACCCUGAUGGAUUGUUUGGAGGGAGUGUUUACCCCGAUGUGUUCUAUGACCCUCAGUGUACGGAAGGAAAUUACAGCUUUGUUUCCGAUGUGACUAAGUCAUCCACUUUCUUAAAUGUGACUGUACAAUACAUACUACAGAAAUACCCCAAACCCUGGAAUUCUGAAACCAAGAAACUAGUGGCUUUUUUGUAUGGAGUUAUGUCUCAUCAGGUGGCCGACUACUUAUGGUAUGGAGAAGACUUACAGAAGGGCUUUUUGAAUAUGAUGGCUACAUUAAAUUUCCAUGGAAAUUUUCAAGAAGCUGCCUUUUUUGCAGAACUAGGUAGUGAUGUAGUGUUAGCUUAUGAUCUCAACCUUGAUCAUGUCAAACCAUUUCUUGAAUGGUUUGUGCCAGUUAGUGACUUGGUGAACAUCUAUGCUCUGAUUUUCGGUGAAGGGAAAGUUCCUUAUAAAGUCAUAGAAAACUGCACUGUCACAAGACUCAUUUACCUAAUGAAAGAAAAAGUUAAAGUUUCUGAAUAUUAUGUAGAAGUAGCCCAGAGCAGUCCCUUUCUGAUGACCCAGAUAUUGGACUACUUCCCUGGGGGUGUGGAUGAUUCUGCAGGCUGGAUGACAAGGAAGUGGGUGGAUCUCACCUUUAUGUUGGAGAAUGGUAUCAGCCAUUGUGUGAUACCAUCUAAUCCCCUAUUGAUAAAGUGCAACACUAGUACCAUCUACCAACAUACAAGUCAUACAGCAGUUAAUUACCAAGAUGUCAAGGCCAAAGCUUUUACUUAUGUCAAUGGUGAUGUGGAUCAUACAUAUGUUCAUAAGAUUUCUGAGGAAGGCAGCAUUAAACUUUUGCCAUCAACUAUCUACUGGCGUAAACUCAAAUUGGUGAAUGAAUUGCCUUAUGACAAGAAAAGGUUUCAUGAUUUAGACUACAUUGGGGAUUACUUUGUCAACAAUUCAUUUGCCAAAUUAGGCUGGUCUUUGGCUAAUGGUGAUAUUGACUUGGAUGGAUUUUCAGACUUGAUUAUUGGAGCUCCAGGUUAUUCUAAGAUAAAUACUCCUCAAAUUGGCAAAGUUUUCAUCAUAUUUGGAAAUAAAACUGGUUUGCCAGGAUCUGGGUAUAUUGCUGUCAAUCUUGAUAACACAACAUUAAAUUGCACAGGAUAUAUGAAUUCACCAUCAAAUCAACAGUCUCGAUUUGGAUCAAGUUUUAUAGCUGUUCUGGACAUUAAUUUAGAUGGAGUGUCAGAUAUUGCUGUUGGUGCACCUACUUACAGUAAUGAUAAAGAUGACCCAAUGAAAUAUAAUGGUGUCGUGUAUCUGUUUUACGGCACACACAGAAGUAGACAUUUUGCAGAACCGAACAUCACAGUGUCUUGUAAGUCUGACUUUUGUCGUCUGAGGACUUCACUUAGUGUGGAUGAUGUGAAUGGAGAUGGUCAUGUUGACCUUAUCAUUGGAAAUCCAUUCUACUCACCAACAGACAGCCAGACAGGGAUAGUCACAGCUCUUAUGUCCAGUCAGGCAUAUAGAGGUCAAGAGAAUGUUACAUUUGAAGAUCUUGUGGAAAAGUGGAAGCUCCCUGGGCAUCAGAUAUCAUUAUUGGAACACCAUUCCUGUGGAACUAUUAGGUGGACUGGGACAGUCAUUCUGUUCAAUGUUACGAGCAGUGGUCUGGUAGAAAUGGCUCACUUUGAUGGUGACAGGAAGUUUGCCCAGUUUGGAUCUUUCAUCAAGUUCAUUGACUUGAAUGGAGAUGGUUUUGAUGACUUGAUGAUUGGAGCACCGCUGCAUUCAGAUGAUUGGACUGACCUUAUCCCAAGAGCUCUCAAUAUAUUUGAAGAUUGUAGAUUGUUCAUUUUUUAUGGAGGAAGCCAGUUUCCUACGGGCAAUGCUACUUUUACCAAAGACUGUGUUGGCUUUUACCCUUGUCCUUGGAAAGUGGCAGGAGACAUGAUCAUUCCAGUGAGCCCCAAAGCCUAUAUAGGGAGAGUGGCUGAAGUUUUGGAAUACCCAAAUUUGACAAACUUGGUUGUAUCAGCAGUAUGGAGUACAGAUUAUUACAGAGGAUUCCCCCACACAGGAUCUAUCUAUAUAUACACUUUCCACAAACAGAAUCACUAGUCUAAGAAUACUUAUUGACAAUUUAACAAUAACUUAUGAUAUUUUGAUAGGCUAAAUAGUUCACUUCAAAGUUCAAAUGUGGUGUCCAUUUUGGUAAUGCAGUUCUUUUUCUGUUAUUGUAUGCUACUAUUUUUUCAAUACAUACAAACUUGUAAAUUAUGACAAUUUUUUUCUACUGGAAAUCAGAAUAGUGGAAAUACAAAUGUGCUAGCAGGCAAAGUUACAGUUAUGAAUAAUAUUAAGUAUAUUUAAAACAUGAUUGUGAUGUAAACCUUUUGUUUGUGUUGUCCAUUCUAUAGCUUAAUGUUGAGCUAACUCCUCAAAGAAUCCAUUAAGUUACCUGUAAGUGUCCAUUCUUUUUGGAAAACUGUCCAUUCUUUUUAAGAAUGGACAGUUUUUUCAAAAAGAAUGGACUGUUAAAACAAACAGAAUGGAGAGUUACAGGUAAACUUUGGAAUGUGUUCAAGAGGGAAACAAAACAAAUACAUUAAAUACUCUUUAAUUUACAUGUAAAUAACAGAAAGAUCACAGAGAUCUAAGCUAAUCCAGAACACAAUGUCUGCACAGGAUCCACUUGAUUUCAUGAAUAAUGUACAUUAUUUCAAUACUCAAAACUCAAUUUUCACAAAACUUGAUUGCAAAUGACACAAUUUCACAUUUGACUUUUCGGAAAAAUUAUUCCCUCGAGGAGAAUUCAUUUUAAGAUAGAAGUACGUCUAAUAUUAAAUCUUCCACCCAGAAAACAGUUUGCUCCAUGAACACUUCACUGCUGCAGUUAAUAUUUCCGAACUUAAAAAUGAAACAUCUCCAGAUUUGAUUUGUAAAACAUUUUCAGGUCGAAGAUUGCCUCAUGGCUAACCCAACAUUCAGAACACAAUAUGCAUUUCACCAGUACACUGCUGCAGUUAAUAUAUCCUGAAAAAUAGAAUUCAAAUAAAACAUUUCCAGGUUUGAUUCAAAUUUCAUUAUGUGUAUCUGUUGGAGAAGUUCACUUUUGGGUCAAAGUUUGGGUAAUAUUUCGAAUUCUUUUACUCUUCUGCAUGUUUCCAGAUCCAAAUAUCACCAAUUUUAUGCAUAUUUUGGUUUAUUAGAUUUUGAUUCUGUCAUAUACUCUCUCCAUCAGAGGAAGACAUGUAUGCCUUUACAACGCAAACUAUAAACUGAUUUUGAAGCAUGGCAUACUUGUAUAAAUACUAGUAUCCCCCAAAAUCCACCUGUAUCUGUCCAUUAUUAAGACAAAGACCUUUUGUUAUUUGCAUCUGCGCGAAACACAAUGGCUAUUCAACAAAUUGCUCUGCACCCCUAGCUUACCUAUGACUGUCCAUUCUGUAAACAAUGCAUUUGUCAUUGUAUGUGUGCUAUCUGUCAUAUCUGCUACCAGUUUUGUAAUUUUUUUUAUUUCAUUUUCAGAACAAAGGAAAUCAUGUUUUAAGUAGGAGAAAGGCCUCAAACUGUCCAUUCUGUGAGAGAAAGAACUAAU